AUGAGAAGCUUCUUUCUUCUCAGCGCCGUUGCCUUUAGCGCGGCUAACGCUGGCGUUUUAGAUUUCCGUCGACACCAAGUUCGAGGAAACUACGAUCUGCCUCCUGCUGAUGCCUACCCUCCUCCUGCCAACACUCAACCCGAUGUCUAUCCUCCUCCCGAUGUCCCUGACAACACUGAGCCUGCUGCGCAGGAAUCUUCUCAGCAUGUUCCUCCUCCUCAGCCUACCUCCGAGGUUCCCGUCAUUGAAGUGACCACCUCUCCGGUCGUUGAGAAGGAUACUACCGAUUAUGCUCCCCCUGCUGGUCCUACUGUCGUUACUACCGAAGCCGCUCCUCCUCAGUCUGCUGCUACUGAGACCAAGCCUGCCGAAGAAGAGACUCCUGGUGUUUACCCUCCUCCCGCCAACACCCCUUCUGACGCUUAUCCUCCUCCUGAGGGAGUUCCUACUACUGAGGCUGGACAAGAGACUACUGCUGAAGCCCCUUCUGCCACUGGUGCCUAUCCUCCUCCUGAGGGCACACCUUCAUCUGAGGAAGAACAGAAGACUACCGCUGAUGCCACUUCCGCUACCGAUCUCUACCCUCCUCCUGCUGGAACCAAGCCUGCCGAAGACACCACUGAGGCUGGACAGGAGACCAGCGCCGAGGCUACCUCUGCCGGUGUCUACCCUCCUCCUGCCAACACCCCAUCUGAUGUUUACCCUCCUCCCGAGGGUGUUCCCACUACUGAGUCUGCUCAAGAGUCCACUGCAGAUGUCACUAGCGAUGCUGCCACUGCUGGUGUGACUACUGCGACCGACCUGUACCCUCCUCCUGCUGGAACCAAGCCUGCCGAGGAUACCACCGAGGCUCCCACUCCUACUUCCGAGUACGCUCCUCCCGAGAGCACCGAUGUGACCAAGAAGGGAUCCACCGUCGUUGAGAGCUCCACCGGUGCCUAUCCUCCUCCCGAGGGUACCGUCACUGAGUCUGUACCCGAAGGCACUACCACUGAGGUUUCCAACGAGACCACCAAGGAUGCUCAACCCACUACGGUUGAGUCCGAGAGUGCCUCUACUACUGAGUGGACUACCUCAACUGUCUACACCACCAACAUCUACACUGUGACAUCUUGCCCUCCAGAGGUCCCCGACUGCCCCAACAACAAGCACGUCACUACCGAGACCGUCGCUGUGUCUACUACUAUCUGCCCUGUCACUGAGAAGGGUGAGACUCCUGUUUCUACUCCCGAGUACCAGGUUCCUGGAUCCACCGAGAAGCAGGACACUGAGACUGCUACUGCUUCUGUCCCCGUUGAGACCGAGACUGAGAAGGUCCCUGAGACGACCACUCCUGGUGCUUAUCCUCCUCCCGAGGGCAACACCGAGACCGGUACUGCUUCUCUGCCUGUCGAGACUGAGACCGAGACCGAGAAGGUUCCUGAGCAGUCUUCCACUGGUGUCUACCCUCCUCCCGCCCAGUCUACCACUGAGGGUGCCGAGACUGAGACUAAGAAGGUCCCCGAGGUUACUGAGACUGCUACUUCCUCUGGUGCUUACCCUCCUCCUGAGGGUACCGGUUCUGUUCCUGCUGAGACCGAAACCGUUCCCGCUGAGACUGAGACCAAGACCCUCCCUGGCGAGACCGAGACUGCUCCUGCUGCUGGAACUACUCAACCUGCCGAGUCUUCCACCGGUGUCUACCCUCCUCCCAAGCCUAACACCGAGACCGUCGGUACCGAGACCCAGCCUGCCAUCGAGACAACCAGCGAGUGGACCACUUCAACUGUCUACACCACUGCUGUCCGCACCAUCACUGAUUGCCCUCCUGAGAUUCCUGACUGCCCCAACAACAAGCGCGUCACGACUGAGACCAUCGCUAUCUCGACCACUGUUUGCCCUGUUACUGAAGCUCAGCCUACCAAGCCUGUGACCGGCACCGAGGACAAGCCCGCUACCGAGACUGUCCCUGCUACCGAGGAGCAACCUACCAAGCCCGCUACUGAGACCGAAGCCUCUACUGUUCCUGCUACCGAGACCGGCGACAAGCCUGCUACCGAGACUGUUCCUGCUACUACUGAGUCUGAGGAGCAGCCUACCAAGCCUGUUACCAACCACGAGGGUUCUACCAAGCCCGCGACCGAGGAGCAACCCACCGAGACCGAAACCGUCCCUGCCACCACCGAUGACAACAAGUACCCAGUCCCCACCGAGAGCGGAGCUGUCUCUACUCACCCUGUCACCGGCACCGAGGACCAGCCCGCUCCUACCGAGUCCGCCAGCACCACUGAGAUGACCACCUCAACCAUCUACACCACCAACGUGCGCACAAUCACCUCUUGUGCUCCCGAUGUGCCUGACUGUCCCGUUGGCCCUCACGUCACCACCGAGACUAUCGCCAUCUCUACCACUGUCUGCCCCGUCACUGAGAUCAUUCCUCCUGUUACCAAGGUCAUCAUCACUGAGAAUGGAUCUACCAAGACUAUUGCUACGACUGAGGUUGUGACCAAGCCUGCUACUGAGGAGCACCCCACUGAGACUGUCCCUGCUACUGAGACUAAGCCCGCUACCAAGCCUGCCACCGGCGGCCAGACCGAAGCUGGAUCUACUCAGCCUGCUGUUCCCUCUACUACUGAGUGGACCACCUCGACUGUCUACACCACCAACGUUCGCACCGUCACCUCUUGCGCUCCUGGUGUUCCCGACUGCCCAGUUACUCCUCAUGUUACCACUGAGACCAUCGCUGUUUCUACUACUAUCUGUCCUGUUACCGAGCAGCAGACUAAGCCUCAUGUCACUGAGCCCGAGCCUACUGAGCCCAAGCCUACUCAGCCCAAGCCUACAGAGCCCAAGCCUACAGAGCCCAAGCCUACUGAGCCUCACGUCACUGAGCCAGUAGCCAAGACUACCGGUUACACUACCUCCACUGUCUACACCACCAGUGUCCGAACUGUCACUACCUGCGGCCCUGAGGUUCCCGACUGCUCUCCUACUCCUCAUGUUGUCACCGAGACUAUCGCCAUCUCCACCACCGUCUGCCCCGUCACUGAGGACCAAACUGCUCCUACUCAGCCUGCUGGCGAGCAGCCUCCCAAGCUUGAGCAGCCUGGCAAGUCCGAUGAGCCUGCUCCCAGCAAGCCCGCCGGCGGCAACCCUCCUCACCCCGUCUCAACUCAGGUCGUCACAACUGGUUUCUCCACCUCGACCGUCUACACAACCGCCGUCCGCACUGUUACUGCUUGUGCCCCUGGUACUCCCGGCUGCAACGGCGAGGGCCCUCAGAUCGUCACCGAGACCAUCGCUGUCUCCACCACCAUCUGCCCUGUGACCGAGACCCAAGUCAUUCACGCUCCCUCGACUUCCACUCUUUACACCACCAAGUACUUCACCGUCAGUGCUUGCCCUCCCUCUGUCAAGGACUGCCCUUACGGUCAAGUCACCUCCCAGGUCUACGCCACAGCCACCACCGAGAUCCAGCCUCCUCCUUCCAACUACGUCCCUCCUGUCGUGGCUACUUCCUACCUCGGCCACGGCAACCAGACCUCCACCUACUACCACACUCCCACCAAGCUGUACGAGACUCCCGUGCACACUCCUAAGCCCAUUGAAACUCCUCAGCCUGUUGAGACCUCUUUCGUCACCAGUGCUUCCGCGAAGACCACUGCUGGCUACUACCCUCCUCCUCCCUACUAA